ACAUUUUGAAAAGGAUCUUCUCUUCUUUGAAUAUUUAUAUAACUAAUUGUAUAGUGUUUAAUUAAAAAAAACAUCUUUUUUAAAAAAAUUCCUUAAAAGUAAAUUGUAGAAAAAGUGCUACCAUAUCAGAUCUUAUAAUCAAUUUUUGGAAAAAUCGGUCACGUGACUUUUGAAAAAAAAAUUUAGUUCUCAUCUCAGUUUAAAUAUCUAUAGUUAGAUAUGAUAGUUGAUUUUGAUUUAACUCUUUCAUAAUAUCAAGUACUGUUUAAUAUUCAUAUUUCUCAAUAACGUCUUAAGAAGAUUUCAACCUCCAUUGCCAAUAGAUAUCAAAUUGGAAUUGAAGAAAAAGCGUUAGUUUGUCGUAUAAAUAGCAUAAAUGUCAAGUAGUAGACCUAGAGUACCUCAGGUUAGGAAUCCAACCUUACCUUCACAAACUACUCCAGAACAAAGAUACUGGAGAGGAUAUGCCAAUCCACAACUCAUAAAGGAAAAUCAUCCUAUAACCCAUAUACAUUUCAACCCCGUCUCACCAAAUGACUUUGCAAUCACUAGUUCAACCAGAAUACAAAUUUUUUCAUCAAAAACUAGACAAGUUAUAAAGACCUUUUCAAGAUUCAAAGAUGUGGUAUAUUCCGGUGAAUUCAGAUAUGAUGGUAAAUUAUUAGUGGCAUCAGAUGCCACUGGUUUAGUCUCCAUAUAUGAUAGUUAUCAACCACGUAACUUGUUAGUAAGUUUAAAUCCAUCCAGUCAUCCAACUCAUAUAGCAAAAUUCCAUCCAACUAUAGGUAACCAAUUAGUUACCGGAUCUGAUGAUAGAAUAGUCAGAUUCUAUGAUAUCUCUCAAACUACCAAAGGACCAAUAUUAGAAUUCAAUGAUUCUUAUCAUGGGGAUUAUAUCAGAAGUGUUAGUUUCAUACCAGGAAAUCCAAAUUUAAUCGCAACCGGUUGUUAUGAUGGAGCUGUAAGAAUAUUUGAUACUAGAAUUUCAUCCACAAAUGAUAAACAAUUAAUAAGUGAGUUCAAACAAAACAAUCCAGUUGAAAAUGUUCUCGCCAUUUCACCAACUACUUUAGUAAGUGCUGGUGGUCCCCAAGUAAAAAUUUGGGAUUUAGCAAGAGGAUCUCAAAUUCGUGAAUUAAACAAUUUCACUAAAACUACUACUGCAUUACAUAAUACUGGCGAUAGAGGAUUAUUAGUUGGUUCAUUAGAUGGUCAUGUUAAAAUAUUCGAUUAUACCUCUUCCAAUUGGGAAGUCAAGUUUGGUUGGAAAUUUGGAAGUGGAGGUGUAUUAAGUUGUGCUGUAUCCCCUGGAGCAAAUAACCAUAAACAUUUUGUUACUGGUUUAACCUCAGGUUUAAUUUCAAUCCGUACUAGAAAGACUGAACCAAAAGUGAAACAAGGUGUGAAACAAGAAAGAUCUAAUGCUUAUAAUAGAAUGAUGAAAGGUAAAGAUUACUUAGGUGAAGAAGAACAUCGUAUUAUCCAUUCCAGUACUGUUCAAACUAAGAAAUUGAAACAAUUUGAAAAACAUUUGAAUGCAUUUAGAUGGUCAGAAGCUUUAGAUAGUGCUUUUGCUUCAGGUUUACCAAAAGAACAGACCAUUACUGUCCUUAAUGAAUUGAAAAAGAGAGGUAAAAUAAGAAUUUCAUUGUACGGUAGAGAUGAAAUAUCAUUAUUACCAAUUUUACAAUGGUUUACUAAGAACUUGGAAGAUAUUAGAUCAUUCAAUUUAAUCUGUGAUUACAUAGCUGUGAUCUUAGAAAUGUAUGGAUCGCUUAUAGAUAAGAGUGCUGUUCUUGAAGAAUGCUUUUCUAACUUGUUAAAGAGAGUUAACGUUGAGAUUAAAAAGUGUAAAGAAGCAAAUGAAAUUGGAGGUAUGUUAGAAUUACUUACAGUUUAAAUAUGCAUAUAAAUAAUUAUAAUA